UUGUGUGCAUAGAUGUGUUAACACGACGCAGAAACUGCUGCCACUUGCAGCCUCCGGACGCCAGACAAUCUAGUAAACAAAUGGGUCGAAGGCGACGACUACACAACUAAUUACUAAUGGACGCCGGAAUUUGACGAUUUUUCGCUAAUUUUCUACUUAUUUUGCCACAUUAGAAGCUCUUUUAUUCACCAUAAAUAUGGCCGACACGCUGGUGCAGACAAACUUGGAGAAAAUAAGCAGGUCUACAGUUGAGCAUGGCUGUGUUCCCAGCUUUCUCCAGGAUGUGCAGUACCGUUCUUUAAUGAUCAACAGCGCCAACUAUAAUGUUCGACUCAUGCGCGAACGCAAAACUCGCCUCCCAUUUCUUGAUUCACAAACAGGUAUUGCUCAGAAUCCAUGUAAAUUAUACAUGAGUGCUCGUCAUCGCAUGCCUGGAACUAUUGAGGGUCAGCUCUAUGUGUAUCCCUCCCAGAGAUGGUGUUGUAGAAAACGAUCCUACAUGGCACUCGCUCAUCAGCACUGGCUCUUAAAAAAGGCUAUCAAAGAACCAGAAGGAGAUGAACAUACAAUAGUUACUGUGGAAAACCCAGCAGCUGUAAAUACUGAAGAGACCAGCUUCGUGUAUGAAACCAAGGAGCCUUUCUACUUUGAUGACACAGCAUUCUUAGAGGAAGAAGAAGAAGAGCCUGAUGAUGAUGAUGAUGACACCUACUCCACUCGUGCUGCACCAACUCGAAAGAGAAAAAAAGCUCCUAAGCUUCCUAAACCUGUGAAAACUCCAAGUAGUCGUGGAAGGAAGAAGAAGGAGGCGCAGUCUAAAACACCAGUAGAGGGUGAUGAAGAAACUCCUGGCAAACCCUACGAGUGCCAACUGUGUGGCGCUCGCUACAAGACCAGACAGGGUCUGUCCUACCACCUCUCGCACACACACAAGGGGGGCAGGGCUAACUCUGGGGGUGGACGGUCCAGAGGGGGUGGCAACAACCCUCAAACCCCCAGGGCUGAUCCCGCUUCGGCUGGUGCAAGUUACCAGCCUCAGGCCUACCAAUCUGAUGCUCUGGCUGGCCUGGCAGAGUUUCAGGACAGUUACCUUGGCUACCUAUCAGCCGGCCAAGACGCCUCACCCACGGUGGCAGUCAAUAAUAAGAGUUGGAUGAGGUGUUUACCAUACUGUACUGAGAACACACUACAGAUUUGACAUUCUACUAAUUCAGUGAUUUUUGUGAGCACUCCAUGGUAUCUCAUCUCAACCCUUUUAUUCAAAUUUUAUCUACAGUGCUUAUGUAUACAAGGAUGUACACCAUUGCUAUGAGCUAGACUACAAUACCAUAACUUGUAAGGUACCCUUUUAACCCUUUCACUGUCUCCUAUGUAUGUACUGUAUGUAUACAUUUUUGAGGGCGAGUGCCACUUAUGUAUAAACAUGUCUUAAUCGUAGUGCCCUCAAAUGUGCUGUAAGUGGUAAAUUUUGGCCUAGACAUGAGACAAUAGGGUCUGUGUGGUGGGUGUGCACAGUACGUAUAAGAAAUAUCCUGCCCGACACAGUGCAUGAUGGGAACAGCUAACCUCUGACCUUGAAUGUUAGUUAGUGAUGUUGAAGCAUUGUCUAGGGUGGUUUACAUUGUCUUAUUAGCUAUUUUUGCUGUCAGUUGAUAGACUGGAAGAUGUGUUAGUGAAACGGAGAUGAUUUUGGUUGGUUCCAGAACGGAAGUAACCUGAAACACCUCAAAAUGGUGGAAAUAUUAGGUUUUUGGUGACUUUCCUCAGGAAGGGUCUGUUAAUGGGUUUUUACUUAGCCAACAAAUGAAUCUUUCAAAAUUAUUGAACAAAACACAAUAGUCUGAAGGCCCAUAGGAUGCAUAGCAUUUUGAGAAAACUUAGACUAUACUGUGCUAAAAUUUUCAUAGAUUUAGAUCUAAUAUUGGUAUUAAUAGAAACUUAAAUACAGGUUACAAGUUGAUUUGUAAAAUAACAAAAUAAAAAAUAUAAUUUUCUGGUUUUAACAGGGUAAGUGGUACUAGUUUACUAAUUUACAAUACAAAACAAUAUAAUAAAUACACCUACCAUCCGACUUAUGACCGAGUUCGGUUCUGAGAAACCGGUCGUAAGUCGAAAUGGUCGUAAGUUGAACUUUACUACUGAAUAUCAACAAAACAUUUUUGUAAUGACUUUAUUUUAUUGUUUUAUUUUGGUAUUUCAUGUUUUACUUUACUUUUUAUGCUGUUAGUACUGUAUUUUAUACUGUCAGGUUUAGGAUACACUGUGUACAACACAAAUAGUUGUUUAUUUCCCAGAAAUUUGGCAUAAAAAACACGGUCGUAAGUUGAGUGGUCGUGAGUCGAGCAGGUCGUAAGUUGGAUGGUAGGUGUACAAGUUUUCCGAAGAAUAUUUCUACGUACAUGUAUAUAAGAAAUAAAGACAAGGAUAAUAUUGUACUAAGUGCAACUUGCUUCUAUUAUUGGAUGGCUUAAGCCAUGACCAAUCAUUCUUGUUUAUAUUUUAUUAGCAAGAAAUAGGGUAAUUUUUUUUUUGUGUGUGUGGGAUGGAUUCACAAUGAAGUGAAGGUGUUAUAUAAGAAGGCCCUGGGGACAUGAUUAAUUCAAAUUCAAAUUUUUAUUUUCUAUCAUGUGGUACAAAAAUAAUGUAGUUUAUAUGUAAUAAAACAUUGUUAGGCACAAAAGAAAGCCACUAGUAUGCAAUGCAUUUUGGGCAGACUAAUCCUAAUGGUUAAAAACUACUUAAGAAUUAGACAUAGACUGUUAAGUAGGAUUUCUUUGGUAGUUACCUAUAGUUAUAUGCACAAUAUGAAAGGUAGCUAAUGAACAAAUGCUACAGUUUUAAAAGUAUGACUUAUUACUUCAAAUUGAUUGAAUAGAGGUAGUGAAGAUACAGGAAGUUACUUAGUUACAGUAGAAAUAUAAUGGAACAAGAUGAGUAAUUAAUUUCUUAUGGAAGUUGCAGGAAGAAUGGAAGAAGAACAGUGACAGAGUUGAAUGAGCUGGUUUUGUUUGACAUAUAUUUCUGGUUCAGUUAUGUUAAUGAGAUAUUUUUUUAACAAUAGCUGUGAAUUGAGGAGCAGACAGGGGACCUUUUGAUGAUUCAGGCAAUGAAUUCCAGAUCUUAUGGCCUUUAUAUCAAUUGAGUUUUAGCAUAGGUUGACUUGGUCACUGGGGAUGUCAGAGAGGGUUUUGUAUCUUGUCUUAACCCUGGUGGGUUUAGUGCUUGGUUUUAGUUAUUAUAAUAAUAAUUGUAUCUUAUGUUAUGCCUGUGUGUUCUGUUGCAGCUAUCAAGGAAAGGUUUUAGAGGGGGGUUUGUGAUGGAAUUUAAUGUUCUCUAUAAUACAGCUUCUCCUAACUUAGCGACGUACUCAUUUAUCAACGACUCAAACUUACAACAGGCUCUCUGACCAGUAUGCGUACCUAAAUAAUGUAUAUUAGAGUUGAUUUCCUCUAUUCUGUUUAUUACAAUAUAUAGUACACUACUGUAUAAACAUUUAAAAAUACUAAAAAUGGCAUUAACCCUUUCACUGUCGGUCCCAUGAUAUUAUGGCUUGCAAGCCAGUGUCAGUCCCAUAAUACUACUACAAAAUUCUAGCAGCUUCAGAUCUGGCAAGAAAAAGCUGGUAGGCCUACAUGUGAGAAAAUGGGUCUGUGUGCUUAGUGUGCGCAGCAUAAAAAUAAUCAGGGAGGCCGCAGUGCAUUAUGGGAGUGCCAAUUCAGUACGCCUUGUUUACCAUGCCUAGCGGUAAGGAAUACCUCACUCCCUAGCGAAUUGGAACUCUUCUCUAACCAAGUGAUAGUUCUAACAUAGAUGGAUGUGUCAGUGAAGAUGAAUUUCAUGGUUUUGAGGACUUUGUGACCAAAAGAAAAGCCUAGGAUACCAGAAAUAGUGCUGAAAAUCCAGAUGACCAUCAACCUUCCACCUCUGGUGCUGGGCCUUCUCAUUCACGUUAGUUGUACCACGGCAAAAGGGGAAACUCAUAUUUUUCCAUAUCCAGGACUCAGAUGUGAGCAGUAGUCGUGAAAAUGAUACUGAUUGUGAUUUCCAAGCUCUUGAUUACAAUUCCAAUAGCUAAAAUGAAGAGGAAUAUUCUCCAGUGAAGCGUGAAUUUAUAAGAGACUACAUGCAUUCUGUUAGUGUGCCAUAUGCUAUUCCAAGGGAAGGAGUACAUCUCGGAGUACAGUGGACCCUCGGCCAACGAAGGCAUCGUCUAACGAUAAAUUUGUCCAACGAAGCAUUUGAGUGUAAAAAUUUUGGCCCGGCCAACGAUGAAGAACUCGACCAACAUGAUUCGUCCCGAACCUGUCUGUCUAGCCUGAGCGCCUCAGCUGCCCUGCCAUCAUUGUUUACAAGCCAGGGUGGAUGGUUCCAUGCAUAUAUUCGAUAAAUUUUGUAUUAUUCCAUUGUUUUUAGUGCUUAUAACUGCUAAAUAAGCCACCAUGGGCCCAAAGAAAGCUUGUAGUGCCAACCUUGUGGUAAAAAGGGUGAGAAAUACUAUUGAAAUAUUAUCGUACCACAGUCAGCUGUUGCUGCUGCUGCACUACCGUCAGCUGUUGCUCCACCACCAUCAGCUGUGCUACUCGAAGAUGUGGAUAGAGUGUUUUUGGUGUGGCUUAACGAGAAACAGUUACCGAGAAACAACCCCAGAGGGUUAGCCACCCAGGAUAACCCAAGAAAGUCAGUGCAUCAUCGAGGACUGUAACUUAUUUCUAUUGGGGUCCUUAAUCUUGUCGCCUAGGAUGUGACCCACACCAGUCGACUAACACCCAGGUGAACAGGAAAAAAUACCUGGAACUAGUGCUCAUAUUGGUGAAUUUAAGGCCAGCAAAGGUUGGUUUGAGAGAUUUAAGAAUCGCAGUGGCAUACACAGUGUGAUAAGGCAUGGCGAAGCUGGAAAAUUCCAACCCCAACAAGUGUUCAAUUGUGACAAAACAGGCCUGUUCUGGAAGAAAAUGCCAAACAGGACCUACAUUACUCAGGAGGAAAAGGCACUCCCAGGACACAAGCCUAUGAAAGACAGGCUAACUCUCAUGUUUUGUUGUAAUGCUAGUGGGUAUUGCAAAGUGAAGCCUUUACUCAUGUAUCACUUUGAAAAUCCCAGAGUGUUCGUGAAAAACAGUGUCUCAUCACUCAUCAGUACUCUUCAAUAAAGGUAAGUGUCAUUUUAACAUUUAUUUAUGUGGUUAUUGUGCAUGUCUCAUUGUUUUCUUUGUAGGGAAAUGUAUAUUUCAUGAAAAAAAAAAAUUUUUUUAAUACUUUUGGCUGUCUGGAAUGGAUUACAGUGGACCCCUCGCCUAAUGAUAUUAAUCCAUUCCUGAGAGCUCAACGUUAGGUGAAAUUAUCAUUAGCUGAAUUAAUUUUCCCCAUAAGAAAUAAUGGAAAUCAAAUUAAUCCGUUCCUGACACCCCAAAGUAUGAAAAAAGAAAAAUUUACCACAUGAAAUAUUAAUUUUAAUACACACAAACUGAAGAAGACAUGUACAAUUACAUGACACUUACCUUUAUUGAAGAUCUGGAGGUGAUUGAUGGGAUGGGAGGAGGGGAGAGUGUGGAUGGUGUUAAUGUUUAGAAGGGGAAUCCCCUUCCAUUAGGACUUGAGAUGUCAAGUCCUUUUCCGGGGUUACUUCCCUUCUUCUUUUAAUGCCACUAGGACCAGCUUGAGAGUCACUGGACCUCUGUCGCACAACAUAUCUGUCCAUAGAGCUCUGUACCUCCCGUUCCUUUAAGAUUUGUCUAAAAUGGGCCAUAACAUUGUCAUUGUAAUAGUCACCAGCACGGCUUGCAAUAGCUGUGUUAGGGUGAUUUUCAUCCAUAAAGGUUUGCAGUUCAACCCACUUUGCACACAUUUCCUUAAUCUUUGAAGUAGGCACAAUGGAUUCCACAACUGGCAUAGGCAUCUCAGGGUUAGCCCCAAACCCUUCAAAAUCUUUCUUAAUUUCCAUACUAAUUCUCACCCUUUUUAUCACAGUGGUUGGCACUAGAAGCUUUCUUGGGGCCCAUGGUGACUUAUUUUGCAGGUGCAAUCACUAAAAAUGCUGUGAUAAUAUGAAAUGUUCCGUUUGUAUGUUUGGAUGCGACCGCGGUGGCUGGCUUGUAAACACUGGCACCCAUGGGACAAGUGAGGGGCGCUCAGGCCACACGUGGACACAUCUCAAACGGAACGAAUCGCGUUGGGCGAGUUUUUAAGCGCUAGCCGAGGCGAAAUUUUUGCGUUAAAAUGUAUCGCUAGGUGGAUUUAAUGUUAUGUGAUGCGUUCGUUAGACUAGGGUCCACUGUAAUUGGAUUUCCAUUAUUUCUUAGGGGGAAAUUAAUUCGACUAAUGAUAAAUUCGCCUAAAGAUAAACUCUCUGGAAUGGAUUAAUAUUGUUGGUCGAGGGUCCACUGUACAUCCUGUUGCCUUACACCAGGAACAGGUAGUGAAGAGAGAAGACAGCGUGGGUGGUGGGGAAAACAGUGUGGGU